UGCCCCGUCGAGAUGGGUUGAAAUCACUGCGCUGCGAUGUCCUUGGAGCAGCAAAACCGCGAUGUUACUGCUGAGAUCUUGCAUUGCAGCAUUGGUGCAGACCUUGUGGCAAAACUUCGCAGCUUGGAACGCGAGGACCUGAGGGAACUGGCUGGGCGUUCUUUGCCUCCCCUGGUGGAGCUGCAAGUGGCCUGGUUGCUGCGGGACAUCGCCAAGCUGGAGGAGAUCUUGACCACUUCCUCCUCCCAUGCCGUUCGCAUCCGCGCCAGCACCGCGCUGCUAAAACUGGAUCCAGCAAAGUUGCUGCGCCUCAUCUCUCCGGAAGCCGGGGAGGAGCCCAGCCCUUUGAGUUCCUCCUGCCGCCAUGCAGCCCUGGCAUCCCUGGCGCGCCUCGGCCACAGCGCCCUGCCAACGUCGCUGACUUUGCUGAACCUCAAGGGCCUAGGGGCGCGGCGGACGGCGGCGCGGAUACUGUUGAAGGCGGCCAAGGAGCCAGAACUGGUGCGUGAACAAUGGCCGCUUUUGCUGAGAUCGUUGCCCUUCAAGGCUGCUUUUUCCAUGGCUUGUCGCAUGCCCGGGCUAUGCCUGGAGCUCCUCCUACAGCUGCCACCACCUUGGCCUCCGCAGCAGCUGGCGCGGGUGGCCUCUGUGGCCGUCAGUGCGUCCCCAGAGGAUGCCCUGCGGCUGAUGCAGCGGGAGCAACGGAGCCAAGGCCGGUGGCUGGUGGAGCCACUGACGUUGGCCAUUGUUAAGGGCCUCUCCCGGAAAAUGGCACCGGAAGACAUGCUGCGAGCGCUGGGGCAAUGGCUUCCAGCACCGCGCCGGAAACCGCCUGACGGGUUGCCGGAACAGUGGGGCGCCUUGCUGGCCCGGCUGGCAGAAAGAGCAUCAAGACGUGGAGAGCAUCUCUGGCCACAAGUUUUGGGGACGACCAUUCAACUGAUGAACUGCUUCGACUCCGGAAGUGCUGCCACUCUCCUGGUUGCGACCCUGGUGAAGUUGCCAUUUGGGCAGUUGGAAGUGGUGACGGAUCAGCAGCUGGCAGAGUUCUUCAACUCUGUUGAGCUUCAGCAUUUGGGCGACGUCUUCCAGUCCCUGCGCGCCAAGGGCAUCGCAGAGCAGCGCCUGGAUGCGGUGCCAAUCCGCACCGUGGAAGCGACGGAGGCCUUGGUGAAACACUUCGGGCAGUUGCAGCGCCUUUCCUCAUGGCCUCGCCUUGCCCGUCAGCGUCUCUCGCAGCAGCUGACGUCCUCGAAGCCUAUGGAAGUGGCUGGCGGCCAAGCGCCCGAGGUGCUCGGGGUGCUCCAAGGGUGGCAACGGUGCACCAAGGGCUAUGUAGUCGGUUGGUCUGCGAUUGCCGAUGCGACACCUGCACCCGAAGGAAUGGUGUGCAACAACCUGCCGGCCGUGGUAUACGUGAAGUUUGACACCGCCACGUCGUGGCAAAUAUCCGGUGUCCCGGACGCAAACGUCUACCCAGUUGUGACCUGUAGACGCGUGUGGUACUUGGACCGGCAACGUCGAAGCCCCAAGCUCCGUGUCUCACGCACACAAUUCCCGCUGGCGCCGCAGUUUGCUAUCACAGCGCAUGUCGCACAAGGCCAAACCAUCAAGGAAGGCGUGACGACAGAUCUUUGCAUAGGGCCAAGGGGAAAUCCAUUUACCGUCUACGUCGCCGUUACCCGCGUGCAAGGCCGUGAGAAACUCCUGAUUUUUCGACCUUUUGACGCCGCUCCAUUCCAGAAAGGUAUUGGUUUAGGGCGGGACCUGCUGCUCCGACAUCUUCGCAGGGAACCGAUCAAUUGGCAGGACUUGCUGGCCAAAUAUUGUGAAGAACGCGCGUGUUCAACCUGCGCAGAGCGCAAGCCAUCUACAGCUUUCACCGCUGGCCAGUGGAAGCGCGACGACAAAGAUCGCGUUUGUCGCGAAUGCACAAAGCAUUACGCAGAUGCCGGGACGCCAUGGCAAUGCAACGUGUGCAAGCUGUGGCAUGUCGAGACCAAUUUUCCGGAAAAGCACCGCCAACGGCAAUGUAGUUUUUUCCGUGUGUGUUUGACAUGUGAAAUGAAGAAACCGUGUUUCAAAUGUGGCGUUGCAAAACCGGAAGCCGAAUUUGGACCGGCCGCAUGGAAAGCUCGCAACGCGGACC